AAAACUCUCCUCUCCGUCACUCUCCUGCGCCUGACCCUGCUUUGUUUGUUCCGCACACGGCAGCAGCAGCAGGGCUGGACACACACACACCCACCCCUUAGAGUGUGUGUGUGUGUGUGUGUGUGUGUGUGUGUGUGUGUUUUUUAAAUGCUCCAGAUACUUUCAACCGUGUACGAUCGCGCCCAGUCACCCCCAGCCGCAGCCGCUCGGUCUGCCAUGGCCCAGUCGGGGGACCUGAAGACCUUCCUGGAGUCGUCUCUCAACGAGAUCUUCAGAGCCACCGUGAGCGACAUCCUGGACUCGGUGGACCGGACCCUGUCCGAGUACCAGGGCACGAUACACAGGAUGGAGGCGGAGAACGAGGGCCUGAAGCGGCUGCUGCUGCUCGCGCAGAAGGGCAGGGAGACUGCAGGCAGGGAUAUACUACUUGAACAAGACGCCACCGAAAAUGCCUCCGAAUGGAACAGUCGUCCGAUCAGCUCCACCCAGUUCAAGAUGUCCAUAUGCAGCAGUGACAAGAAGAGCUGCAGGAGGAAGCAUAAAGACAAGAUGAGGGAGAGCAUAUCCUUGCCCUCCUGUUUUCUUCAGACAAAUCACAUAGUAGAACAACCAUGUGUCAACACGACGGAGGUAAGUAUGUCCACAGAAAAUGACUUGAUGUGCGUGAAAACCGAGCCUGGCCUGGAGGAAAACUGUGCUAUUGACCUCUCCCAGCCGCCAACGCUUCUCAAUCUGACGACGAUGCCAGUGAAAAAUGAGAGCAUGGAGGUCAGUUGUGACAGUCAAAAUGCGUAUGCACCUCUGCUGCCACCUUCAGGCACCGAACAACAGUCCAAGGGCAGUGACUGUGACUUUAAAGUCACCAUUGUUUCUGACAGCUACAUGCAGGAUGGACACUUCAUUAAGACAGAGGAGGAGGAGGUGGAGGAGGAGCAGAAAGUGGUGUUGCAGAAUAGCAAUGAUGACUCUUUCUACAAGCAAGAGUUGAAGCAUGUCUUGCAAAAUUCCCCCGAAUCACUUGGAGAUCCUGAGGGAGAGAGCAGCCAGGUUCUAGAGCCAGAAGGUGAGACGCACGAUGAAAACAAUUCCCCCGCUGUUCCUGCAGAGGAGUUACCAGAGAACAACGACAACUUCUUGCGCUGUCCCACCUGUCCCAAAACCUUCAGUCGGGCAACCUCGCUCAACACCCACAUCAAGACUCACAGCGCUGAGAAGGUCCACAGCUGCAGCUACUGCGGUAAACGCUUCGGCCGGGCGGACCUGCUCAAAUCCCACAAACGCACCCACACGGGAGAAAGACCCUACUGCUGCACCGUCUGCAGCAAAACGUACGCCCAUCCCAGUCAGCUCAGGAUACACAAACGCAUUCACACCGGAGAGAAACCGUAUUGCUGCUCGCACUGUGGGAAGCGCUUCAACGAGCACAACCAGCUCAAGGUCCACUUGCGGACGCACACAGGGGAGAGGCCUUACAGCUGCCAGGAGUGCGGCAAAACGUUCAGCAACGCGGGAAACCUGCGCAUACACGAGAGGAUCCACACCGGGGAGAAGCCGUACUGCUGUGCCCAGUGUGGGAAGAGGUUCAACGGCCUGGGCGACCUCAAAACCCAUUACCGGAUUCACACCGGAGAGAGGCCCUACAGCUGCGAGCUGUGUAAGAAGACCUUCAGCCAGGCGGGCCACCUCACCAUACACAUGCGGAUGCACACAGGGGAGAGGCCGUACAGCUGCAACGAGUGCGGCAAGAAGUUCACGGUGGCCAGCAGCCUUAAACUGCACCAGAGGACCCACACGGGAGAGAAAGAGUACAGCUGCACGUACUGCAGCAAGAGCUUCAGCAGGUCGGGACACCUGAAGAGGCACGAGCUGGUCCACACCAAAGAGAAGGUGUUCCUCUGCAGCCAGUGUGGCAAGACUUACACGGACCAGUCCUCCCUGAAGAAGCAUUUGAAGAUGCAUGCGGCAAAGGAGCAGAAGGUUCCGAGCGAGGGAAGCAACAGCGAGCCCGAAACGAACCCACUCCGACCGUCGGCCUCCGAGACGCUUUCAGACACUGAUAAAACCGAAGCAGUCGAUUGAUAUAAACGCCGAGAUCCAAAGCUUUGAACCACAUCAGACUGCUUACAUGAUGGAGGUAAAGACACUGGACAAGAGAUUGAACAAACACCGACAUCAGCUGUGUGACAAGUGACAGGUUCACCAGUUUGCGAGCUUAUCAGACACCAGAACAAUACGCUGCAGUUUGUAAUGUUAUGCUUUUUUUUAAAUUUAGCUGGAACCACUGUGGCCUCCGUCGCUCUGAACACAGUCUAAGGCUGCGUUAUUUUACUGUCUUAACACGGACAUUGUAUUUCACACUAUUUACUGUGAUCUUCUUGAAAAAAAAGAAAAUGGCUGCUGCUCUGAGUUGUAAAAUCCUGUCUAAGAAGAUUACACACUGUCGUGUAGCAAGUAAGUGUCUGAUCAUCCUUCAAACUUAUUUAUCCGUUAACCAAUCUGGACGAUACCUGUGAUGAAACUCGACGAUACACUCCAUACAGUGCUGUUUGAACACGGGACUAAAUAUUUAGCAAUACUGUAUAAUCAAUUAUUUAAUUUUGAUUUUGGCAGAAAACAGGACCCUUAAAAAAAAUUUAAAUGCUCGCUGUAUGUUACCAAAAUGUUGGUAGGCUAUGUGUUUACAAAAUGCUUUAUAGAAUUAUUGAUGAUUGAUUGCAAUGUCUUUUAAGUGGGCGGGGUUAUGUCCAUCCACCUCGCUGAAAUGUUCCCACAAAGUUGAUUAAAGAAAUAAUCAGUUGUUGAAGAUGCUUCUACACACACACUUAUAUACUUGGUAGCCAGCGAGUUAGAAACUUGUACUGCUCAGUGAUUUAAGGUGACAGUUAAUAUAAUGCUGUAUAUAGCUUUAACUAUACAGUCAGAAGUCUGAUCCAUUGACCUGACGAGAAUGUAUUUGUGUAAUAAUGUCGCUGCAAAUAUUCAGUUUCGAUCGAACAACUUUUAGUGGUCAAUUAAUAACUGUUUUCUUAGCUGAUCUCAAAAAAUGUCAAACUUCUCGUCGCUUUAGGCUUUUCACUGUAACACCGGGACACGUCUCUUACCAUGAAUAAUGUACAACUGACGCAGGAGUAAAAAUUUCAUGUUCACGAUCAUAGAACUGUUGUUUAUCAUGGCAACUGGUUGAUAAUCCCUGGCACAGCAAUGUAUUUAUUACCAGGAAUUUAUUGUGAUUGACUUUUGUGUGAUUUGUGUCUAAAUUAAAGAGAAACAUUAAUCAAAACACA